AUGUCGCCCAUUCUGUCCGGACUUCUGCUGCUGCUCGGUGUUCUCAACAUAUGUGGCGCCGACGAGAAAAAGGUGGUCUGCUAUCACGGUAGCUGGUCCGCCUACAGGAAUGGAAACGGACGAUUCGAAAUAGAGUACAUUAAACCAGAACUGUGCACGCACAUGAUCUACAGUUUUGUUGGAAUAACCUCCGCAGGAGAAGUCAGGAUUCUUGACGAAUGGCUGGAUCUUGCGAGCGGCAAAAAUGCAUACAACCGCUUCAACAAACUGAAAUCGUCCAACACUAAAACCCUGGUCGCCAUUGGUGGGUGGAAUGAAGGGUCAGCCACAUACUCUGCCGUUAUGAACAACGCCGCACUGAGACAGAAGUUCGUGCAGAAUGUGGUGAACUUUGUGAAGACGUACGGUUUUGACGGGUUCGACCUGGACUGGGAAUACCCGGCCAACCGUGGUGGCUCCCCGGGCGAUCUGAGAGCGUACGUUGAACUGCUCAAGGAGCUGAGAGCAGAGUUUGACAAACACGGUUUCAUCCUGUCGGCUGCUGUGGGUGUCGGACGCUACCUAAUUGGCAGCGCCUACGACGUGCCUCAACUGUCUAAAUACCUGGACUUCAUCAACCUGAUGACGUACGACCUUCACGGCUCGUGGGACAGUAAGACUGGUCAGAACGCUCCACUGUACGCCAGCUCCGCUGACAAGACGGAGGCUGAGAGGCAGCUGAAUGUGGAUUCCAGCGUCCGCUACUGGAUCCAGAACGGUGCAGAUCCUGCGAAGCUUAUUCUGGGUAUGGGCACCUACGGGAGGACUUUCACUCUGGCCAGCACUGCCAACACUGGAGUCGGAGCCCCAGCUACUGGACCCGGGACCAGUGGGCCGUACACCAUGGAGUCCGGCAUGAUGGGCUACAAUGAGAUAUGUGAGAAAAUCAAGGCGGGCGGCUGGACAGUAACGUGGGACGACGAGCAGAAGGUGCCAUACGCCGUGAGCGGAAACCAGUGGGUCGGAUACGACAACGAGGAGUCCAUCAAGCUGAAGUCGCAGUACGUGCUGGACAUGGGGCUGGGCGGCGGCAUGAUCUGGAGCCUGGAGACGGACGACUUCAAGGGCGUGUGCGGCGCCGGCACCUUCCCCCUGCUCACCACCAUCAACCAGGUGCUCAGGGGGGCGGCCGCCAGCUCGUCUGCUGUAACCAGCAGCGGCAGUUCUGCGGGGGCGUCGAGUGGCAGCUCGGCCUCCAGUGGUAGCAGCAGCUCCUCAGGGUCUUCUGCGACCAGCGUGAGCAGUGGCAGCAGCUCCUCCGGCGUCUGCAGCUCCGUGGGCUACGCGCGGGACCCCAGCGACUGCGGCGUCUUCUACCUCUGCGUCGCCUCUGGCAGCGGCUACACCGCCCACAGGUUCACCUGCCCCGGGGACCUCGCCUUCGACGUUUCUUCGUCGGCCUGCAACUACAGGAGCCUCGUCGCCUGCUGA